CAGCCUCCCUCCGCCUCCUCCGGGGCCGCCCCUCGGGCCGAGCGCCGCCCGCCCCGUUAAGAGGCGCCGCCCGCCGCCCGGCGCCGCCCCGCCAUGCCGCUGCCCGCCCUGCUCUACCUCUGCGCGGCCGCCGCCGCCGCCUCCUCCUCCACCAGCCGCGGCGACUACCGCCUGGCCGGCCUCUUCCAGAUGCACAACUCGGCGCCGCGGGCCGCCGCCCGGCCGCUGGUGGACAGCUGCGACAACACCGCCGCCUUCAAGAGCCACGGCUACUGCCUGUCCCAGGCUAUGCGCUUCGCCGUGGAGGAGAUAAACAACUCCAGCACCCUCCUCCCCAACGUCACCUUGGGCUACGACAUCCACGACACCUGCUCGGAGCCCGCCAGCCUCCACGCCACGCUGCGCGCCCUCGCCCGGAAAGGCGGGCGGGAGGUCGAGGUGCUCCCCACCUUCCACCGCUACGAGCCCGAGGCGGUGGCCAUCAUUGGGCCCGACAGCACCCGCCUGGCUGUCACCACAGCGGCCAUCCUUGGCAUCUUCCUCGUACCGGAGAUUAGCUACGAAGCCUCCUUGGCGACGCUGAGCCUGAAGCGGUUCUACCCCUCGUUCCUGCGCACCAUUCCCAGCGACAGGCAGCAAGUGAAGGCCAUCUUCCUGCUGCUGCAGCAGUUUGGGUGGACUUGGGUCGCGCUGCUGGGCAGCGACAACGCCUAUGGCAGGGACGGCUUGAACGCCCUCCACAAGCUGUUGACCACAAGUGACGUGUGCGUUGCCUACCAAGGCAUCAUCCCCGUCAACAAGGAUGCCAGCAGCCUGGAGCUCCACAACCUGGUCAGAAUUCUCAUGGACACCAGGGUCAACGUCACCGUUGUCUUCUCCAACAGACAAAGCGCCCGCCCUUUCUUUGAAGUGGUGGUCCAGAGGAAUGUCACGGGCAUGGUGUGGGUAGGCUCUGAAGACUGGUCGUUAGCCCAAACAAUCUGGCAGGUGCCUGGCAUCCAGACUAUCGGCUCAGUGAUUGGGAUGUCGGUUGAGAACACGGAGUCCCCGAUGCUGGAACGCUUUGAAUCUUGGAAGAUGGCAGAGGAAAGCACUGCAGCUGAGCGUGCCGGCAGCCCGGAGGCAGGCGGGGGAGCCGGAGGGAGUGCCCAGCUGUAUUGCACCCAGCGCUGCACCGGCUGCCACUUGCUCGCCACUGCCCCCAACGUGUAUGAUGCUCAAGCCUCCUUCAACGUGUACUCAGCCGUGUACGCCGUGGCCCAUGGCCUCCACGACCUGCUGGGCUGUGCCUCAGGGGUGUGCAGCAAAGGCAAAGUCUACCCCUGGCAGCUCUUACAAAAAAUCAAGCAAGUAAACUUCACCCUGUACAAAAGCCGCAUCUCUUUUGACACUAAUGGGGACAUUUGUAAAGGCUACGAUAUCGUCAUGUGGGACUGGAGCAGCCCGAGCUGGGCUUUCAACGUGAUAGGAACUUUCCGUGUGAACCCCGACAGGCUGAGCAUUGACCAGGGCAAAAUCCCGUGGCACACAAAAGAUCGCCAGGCUCCCACCUCGGUGUGCUCUGAGGCCUGUCAACCAGGGGAGAAGCGGCUGCAGCAGAGCCGCCACCGAUGCUGCUUCAGCUGUGUGGCCUGUCCAUCAGGAACCUUCCUGAACAGAUCAGGUCAGUAUGUCCUGGGGGGCUGCUCCCUCCCCUUCCUUCCCGCUUGGACCCCCUGCCCGCACCCUGCCUCCCCCUCACGUCAGCUUCUUGCUUCCGUCUCGCUAUUCCCCCAGCCUCUUCCCUCCUGCUCUCUCUUCCUCCCUGUGGUCAGUAAAAACCUCGGCUUGGAAGCGCCCAAGGGGAAGGAGCAGGACGCGAGGAGUGGGCAGCUCUUGCAGAGAGCCUGGGGGGCUGCAAGGGCAGGGUGCUCUGCCGUGGCAGACAUCUUACCGGGGUCCGUGGUGUGCGAGGUGCCUCUGUCACCGCCCGGGCUCCUGUCCUCUGCAGACCUCUACAGCUGCCAGUCCUGCAGGGUAGAGGAGUGGGCCCCGGCGAGGAGCGAAGCUUGCUUCAACCGCACCGCCGAGUUUCUGUCCUGGUCCGAGCCCAUCUCCUGGGCACUGCUGAUCCCCACCAUCCUCCUCAUGCUGCUCAUGGCAGGGCUGGCUGUCCUCUUUGCCCUGAAUGCCUCCACGCCAGUGGUCAAGUCUGCUGGUGGGAAGAUGUGCUUCCUCAUGCUGGGCUCUCUGGCCUGCGCCUGCAGCAGCCUCUUCUGCUACUUCGGGGAGCCCACCCGGCAGGCGUGCCUGCUGCAGCUCCCCCUCUUCGCCAUCAGCUUCACCGUCUUCCUCUUGUGCGUGGCGACACGCUCCUUCCAGAUCGUCUGCAUCUUCAAGCUGAACGCGCGCUGGCCAGCCCUCUACGAGGCCUGGCUGCGGCGCAGGGGGCCAGUGCUCUUCGUUGCCGCCGGCACGGCGGCCCAGGUGGUGCUGUGCCUGGCCGCGGAGGCCACCAGCCCCUCGGUGCCGCACCGGGAUUAUGGCGUGGCGGCCGAGCGGGUGGUGCUGGAGUGCACCUCCAGCGCGGGGGCGAGCAGGGCGGCCGUCGUCGCCUACACCGUGCUGCUCAGCGUCUGCUGCUUCGUCCUCAGCUACGCGGGCAAGGACCUGCCCGCCAGCUACAACGAGGCCAAGUGCCUCACCUGCAGCCUGUUCCUGCACCUCGCCUGCGCCGCCGCCGUCCUCUGCACGCAGGGCGCUUUCCGCGGCCGGGGGGCGGUGGCGGUCCAGGUUCUCGGCGCCCUCUGCACCCUCGGCGCCCUGCUGGGCGGCUAUUUUCUCCCGAAGGCCUUCGUCAUCCUGCUGCGGCCGCGUCUCAACACGCCCGAGCACUUCCAGAUGGCGAUCCAGAGCUACACGCGGCGCCUGGCCGAGGCCUGAGGCGGCGGGUGGACCGGGACGACCGGGACGGGGCCGAGCCGCCACCACCGCCGCCGCCGGGCCCCUGAGGCGCCACUCGCGUCACAUCCGUCGC